CUCUCAGCCCCCUGCGCGCCCGGGGUGUCAUUGGGCCCGGGAGACAGGGAGCCAACUUCAGGGCUGCUCCGAGGAAGCCGGUGCAGUCACCUGGGUGCCGGAGCGCUGCCGCCUCGGGCUCUCCCGCUGCAAGGGAGAGCGGCGCCCGCCGGCCUGGAUGUGGUUGGAUUUUAGGGGGGCUCCGCAGCAGGGGUGUCGUGGCGGUGGCAGGCGCUGCAACAGGUAGACGGUGAGAGACGGACCCCGGCCGAGGCAGCUAUGGAGACCAAAGGCUGCCACAGUCUCCCUGAAGGUCUCGAUAUGGACAAACGGUGGAGUCAGGUGUCUCAGACUGCGCAGCGACCUACCCUGGUGUCUGCAGAGAGAAGCGAUGAGAAUAACUGCAUGGAGGUGGUCAACGUGAGCUGUGUUCCCGGUGCUAUUCCAAACAACAGUACUCAAGGAAGCAACAAAGAAAAACACGAACUGCUCCCCUGUCUUCAGCAAGACAGCAGUCGGGCCGGGAUCUUAACGUCUGACAUUAAAACCGAACUGGAGUCUAAGGAACUGUCAGCAACCGUAGCUGAGUCCAUGGGUUUGUACAUGGAUUCCGUAAGGGAUGCUGACUACAGCUACGACCCACAGAACCCACAAGGAAACGCGAGUCCAGCCAAGAUGUAUCAAAAUGUGGAACAGCUGGUGAAAUUUUACAAGGAAAAUGGCCAUCGUCCUUCCACUCUGAGUAGCUUGGGCAGACCCUUGAGGUCCUUUAUGUCUGACUGUGGGAGCUCCGUGAAUGGUGGGGUCAUGCGUGCCCUGGUCAAAAGCCCCAGCCUGUGUCACGAGAAGAGCCCCUCUGUUUGCAGUCCUCUGAACAUGACAACUUCAGUCUGCAGCCCUGCUGGCAUCAACUCUGUGUCCACCACCACUGCCAGCUUCGGCAGCUUCCCAGUGCACAGCCCUAUCACCCAGGGAACUCCUCUGACGUGCUCCCCUAACGUGGAGAGCCGAUGUUCCAGGUCGCACAGCCCCGCACAUGCUAGCAAUGUGGGCUCUCCUCUCUCAAGUCCAUUAAGUAGCAUGAAAUCCCCGAUUUCCAGCCCACCAAGCCAUUGCAGUGUAAAAUCUCCGGUCUCCAGCCCUAACAACAUCACUCUGCGAUCCUCUGUGUCUAGCCCUGCAAACAUCAACAACUCAAGGUGCUCUGUUUCCAGCCCUUCCAACACAAAUAACAGAUCCACGCUUUCCAGCCCAGCAGCCAGCACUGUGGGAUCUAUCUGUAGCCCAGUAAGCAAUGCCUUCAGCUACACUGCUCCUGGCUCCUCUGCUGGCUCCAGUGCAAGCCGGGACAUGAUUCCUAGUCCGGACACACACGAGAAAGGUGCUCAAGAGGUCGCUUUUCCCAAGACUGAGGAAGUUGACAGUGCCAUCUCUAACGGUGUGACCGGCCAGCUUAACCUUGUCCAGUACAUAAAACCAGAACCAGAUGGAGCCUUCGGCAGCUCGUGUCUAGCAGGAAAUGGCAAAAUCAAUUCAGAUCCUCCAUUCUCAGUACCAAUCAAGCAGGAAUCCACCAAACAUUCAUGUUCUGGCACUUCUUUUAAAGGCAGUCCGACGGUAAACCCAUUUCCGUUUAUGGAUGGCUCCUAUUUUUCUUUUAUGGAUGACAAAGACUAUUAUUCUCUAUCAGGAAUUUUAGGACCACCUGUGCCCGGUUUUGAUGGUUCCUGUGAAGGGAGCGGAUUCCCCAUGGGGAUUAAGCAAGAGCCAGAUGAUGGGAGCUACUACCCUGAGGCCAGCAUCCCUCCAUCAGCCAUCGUUGGCGUGAAUUCAGGUGGACAGUCCUUUCACUACAGGAUUGGUGCUCAAGGUACAAUAUCUUUAUCACGGUCAGCUAGAGACCAAUCUUUCCAGCACCUGAGUUCCUUUCCUCCUGUCAAUACGUUAGUGGAGCCAUGGAAAUCGCAUGGCGACCUGCCAUCGAGGAGAAGUGAUGCAUAUCCAGUCCUAGAAUACAUUCCAGAAAACGUCUCAAGCUCUACUUUACGAAGCGUUUCUACUGGAUCCUCGAGACCUUCCAAAAUCUGUUUGGUGUGUGGGGAUGAGGCGUCAGGAUGUCACUAUGGGGUGGUCACCUGUGGCAGCUGCAAAGUUUUCUUCAAAAGAGCAGUGGAAGGGCAGCACAACUAUUUAUGUGCUGGAAGAAAUGAUUGCAUCAUCGAUAAGAUUCGACGAAAGAAUUGUCCUGCCUGCCGACUUCAGAAAUGUCUCCAAGCAGGAAUGAACUUAGGAGCACGAAAGUCCAAGAAGCUGGGCAAGUUAAAAGGCCUGCACGAGGAGCAGCCGCAGCAGCCGCCUCCACCGCCGCCUCCUCCGCAGAGCCCCGAGGAAGGGACCACAUACAUCGCCCCUGCCAAGGAGCCCUCGGUCAACACUGCGCUUGUUCCUCAGCUCUCCACCAUCACUCGAGCUCUCACACCUUCCCCCGUCACGAUCCUUGAAAACAUUGAACCUGAAAUUGUGUAUGCCGGCUACGACAGCUCCAAACCAGACACUGCUGAAAAUCUGCUCUCCACGCUAAACCGCUUGGCUGGCAAACAGAUGAUUCAGGUGGUGAAGUGGGCGAAGGUACUUCCAGGAUUUAAAAACUUGCCUCUUGAGGACCAAAUUACCCUAAUCCAGUAUUCUUGGAUGUGUCUAUCAUCAUUUGCCUUGAGCUGGAGAUCGUACAAACAUACAAACAGCCAAUUUCUCUAUUUUGCGCCAGACCUCGUCUUUAAUGAAGAGAAGAUGCAUCAGUCAGCCAUGUAUGAGCUGUGCCAGGGCAUGCACCAGAUCAGCCUUCAGUUUGUUCGACUGCAACUUACCUUUGAAGAGUACACCAUAAUGAAAGUCUUGCUGCUACUAAGCACAGUUCCAAAGGAUGGCCUCAAAUGCCAGUCUGCAUUUGAAGAAAUGAGGGCAAACUACAUCAAGGAGCUGAGGAAGAUGGUAACUAAAUGCCCCAACAACUCUGGGCAGAGCUGGCAGAGGUUCUACCAACUCACCAAGCUGCUGGACUCCAUGCAUGAUCUGGUGAGCGACUUGCUGGAGUUUUGUUUCUACACCUUCCGAGAGUCCCAGGCCCUGAAGGUGGAGUUCCCUGCCAUGCUGGUGGAGAUCAUCAGCGACCAGCUGCCAAAGGUGGAGUCGGGCAACGCCAAGCCCCUGUACUUUCACAGGAAGUGACGGGGCAUCUUAUGAGAAGAACUUUGCCUUAAGUUUCUCCGCGUGAUUCCUCACCUGUGAAGGACCCAUGGAAUCAUCUUUUUCAGCGUGUGACGGUUGAUUCACACCGUUCAGCAGUUUCUCAAGUUUAAAGUUGUGUCAAGGGUUUGGAGCGAGGAAAGCCAUUUGAUGUGGAGUUGGCACGUUCUGAGCAGCCUAAAGGAUUCGCCCCCUCUCCAAUCCCCAGUGCUUGGAAACCAGUUCCUGUUCCUCUGGAUGAAAAGCCAUAUCUAGUCAAUAACUCUGAUUUUGAUAUUUUAACAGAUGGGAGUUUUAACUAUGCCAUGUAGUUCCUGGUAUCAUUUGCUUGUUUUAAAAGGGUUUAAGGACUAACAGACUUUUUGAAGCUCACCCUUGGUUUGCACAGAAACGUAGAGUCAAUAUGGGGCAUUAAUAUUCUUUUGUUAUUAAAAAUACACACAAAAAAGUAUAUACAGAUUCCUGUUUGUGUGAUAACAAAAUGCGUGGCCUGGACUGGCGCCCCCUCCCACCCUGGGCCCAGUCUACUGUACCACCAACAUACACUUGUUAGCGUCUGUUUAUUAUUUAAUUAGUAUGGAUAAGAUGUUAAAGCAAAUGCCUUGGUUUCCAUUUCUAGUAUCUACUGUGUUGGCUUUACAAAUAAUUUUUGCAGUCUUUUGCUGUGCUGUACAUUACUGUAUGUAUAAAUUGUGAAGGACCUGAAAUAAGGUAUGAGGAACUUUUGUAAAUGAGACACAUACAAAAAAAGAAAAAAAAAACUUUAAUGGUUAAUAGGAUGAAUGGGAAAGUAUUUUUGAAAGAAUUCUAUUUUGCUGGAGACUAUUUAAGUACUAUCUUUGUCUAAAAACAAGGUAAAAAAAUUUUUUUGUAAAGUGAAAUGUUCUGCAUGCCUAAUGAACCGUUUACAGUGUAUUUAAGAAAGGGAAAGCUGUGCCUUUUUUAGCUUCAUAUCUAAUUUACCAUUUUACAGUCUCUGUUGUAAAUAACCACACUGAAACCUCCUCGGUUUGUCUUGAAGCCUUUCUACCUUUUUCUGUACUUUCUGUUGGUUCUUGGUCUCCUGCUGGGGUGUCCCUGGGACUCUAGCUUGUCUUUCUGGCUUCUGCUUCAUUCUACCAUUGAUCCAUCCGGGAACAGCACUGCAGCGCCCCGCCCACAGCAGCUGGCAGGUGUCACCAGAUGGCGCCCAUGGGAGAGCAGCAGCUGCAGGAGAGUGAGGUGCCUCCGGGGGGCCAGCUGCCCAUGGCCCCCAGAAGCAGUCAGCUCCGGGAGAGCGAGGCUAGGAACUCAGCUCAAAGAGAAACAUUUCCUCCCAUUUUACAAACUCUAAUUUUCCCCUCUUGGGGAGGAAAAAUUCCAGGCACUCCCUGUCUAAGCUCAGAUCCUCACUUCUGACUUUCUGCGUUCCCAGACUCGGUCAUGGGAACACAUCUAUAUCUAUAGAUAACCCCAGGACACACUGGAUGACCCACCGGGGCAAGGUGCAGUCAGAAUGGCAUGGAGACCAGAAGAUAAUGGGUUUUUAGAUUUUUAAAAGGUAGGUUUUAAAAAAUAAAUUUUAUACAUUAAAAACAAUUUUGGAAAAAAAAUUACAGAUCAUGUAAGCAAGACAGUGGCACUAAAAUUUUGUAAUUCAUUAAUCUGUUCGGCACUGAUGCAAUGUAUGGCUUUUCUCUUGCACCAAAUCACAAACAUGUAUCUUUGGGGAAACUAACAAUAUGCACUAAAGAAACUACUUGGAGUAGAGGCCAAAUUAAUCUCUGAACUGUGAUGGUAAUCAUGAGGUUCUAAAAUGAUACUCAUGUUGUUUUCCAAAAUCUAAAACCUGGAGAAGGCUGAGGCCAGGAGAAGCAGCGACAGAGCCUUACUUUUGCCAGGGUUCACCAUGCAGGCAACAUUACCUUGUCUUUCAAAAGAUACCUGCCUUCCGCAAGGGGAAACCUGUGAAAGCUGCCCUGGGAGGGAGAGGGAUUUUCUUACAUCAUUUGCAACUUCAGGAAUUUAAUUUCUAGGCAGAUCUUCAGAGUCCACUGAACACGCACAGCAACAGGACAGCCUCACUCCGAAGGCAUUAUCUACAUCGCAUGCAGAUGGGGAUGCUCCUGGAAGAGAAAUGGCUCAGGAGAGCAGCUUUCAGUUCAGACUUACUUUCUUUAGGCCAUUGGGAUCUGAGUGUAAGCAGGUGUGGGAGGGAGACGGUCUGCAUCAACUUUCUAUAUUAACAAAGUUACUGGCUCUUUGUGUGUCUCCGGGUAACUCUGCUUGAUGAAACAGCAAAGCCAUAUUCUAAAUUCACUGUUGAAUGCCUGUCCCAAGUCCAAACUGUCUGUCUGCUCUUAUUUUUGUACCAUAUUGCUCUUACAGAAUCUUGGUUUGGUACAAUUCAUAAUUCACCAAAACUUCUUCAUAUAAUUAAAAAAAGACACUAAAGUUAGUUUAAAUGAAGUAAUUUAUAUCUUUAUGCAAAAACAUGUCUGUCUUUGCAAAGGACUGUAAGCAGAUUACAAUAAAUCCUUUA